AGAAGAUGGCGGCCGUGUCGAGCGGGGCUGCCGCCGCCGCCGGGAUUCCGCACCCGAACCGCGAGCGAGCGCAGCCCGCCGCCUCCAUACACCACCCGAACGCGAACCGAGCCGCCGCCGCGGGCGUCGCGGGCGUCGCGGGCGUCGGCCGCCCGCCCCCCGUGCGCGUCGGCUACUAUGAGAUGGAGCGGACCAUCGGGAAGGGCAAUUUCGCCGUGGUCAAACUCGCCACGCACAUCAUCACCAAAGCCAAGGUUGCGAUAAAGAUCGUGGAUAAGACUCAGCUGGACGAUGAGAAUCUGAAGAAGAUCUUCAGGGAGGUUCAGAUCAUGAAGAUGCUGCGACACCCUCACAUCAUCCGCCUGUACCAGGUGAUGGAGACGGAGCGGAUGAUCUAUCUGGUGACCGAGUACGCCAGCGGAGGAGAGAUCUUUGAUCAUCUCGUGGCUCACGGAAGAAUGGCGGAGAAAGACGCGCGGCGGAAGUUCAAGCAGAUCGUAGCGGCGGUUUAUUUCUGUCACUGCAGGAACAUCGUCCACAGAGACCUGAAGGCAGAAAACCUGCUGCUGGACCACAAUCUCAACAUCAAGAUUGCAGAUUUCGGCUUCAGUAAUCUGUUUUCUCGAGGACAGCUGCUGAAGACGUGGUGUGGCAGUCCUCCGUACGCCGCGCCCGAGCUCUUCGAAGGGAAAGAGUACGACGGACCUAAAGUGGACAUAUGGAGUUUGGGUGUAGUGUUGUAUGUCCUGGUCUGUGGCGCGUUACCGUUUGAUGGAAGCACUUUACAGAACCUCCGCGCUCGAGUCCUCAGUGGAAAGUUCCGGAUCCCGUUCUUCAUGUCCACAGACUGUGAGUAUCUGAUCAGACACAUGCUGGUUCUGGAACCCAGUCGACGGCUUUCAAUGGAGCAGAUCUGCAAGAACAAGUGGAUGAGACAAGGAGACCCCGACCCUGAGUUUGACAGACUGAUAGCAGAAUGUGAGCAGGUGAAGGUGGAGAGAGAAACGGAGUUAAUUAACGAGCAGGUGUUGAUGGCCAUGUCAGAGAUGGGCUUUGACCGCGAGCGGACAUUACAGUCUCUGCACGCGGACUCGUACGAUCACUACAGCGCCACCUACAGUCUGCUGACUGACAAACUCAAGCGGCACAAGAACCUGUGUCUGGCUCCGCCCACGCCCCGCCCCCUCUACCCGCUCAACGCCUUGCAGGAUCAGAGUAACGCUGCCGUCAGUAUGACGGUACCGCAGGUUCAGCUCAUAAACCCAGAGAAUCAGAUCGUUGAGACGGACGGGACGAUGGCUCUGGACAGCGAUGAGGGAGAAGAGCCCAGUCCAGAGGCGAUGGCCCGAUACCUGUCCAUGAGGCGCCACACAGUCGGUGUACCUGACCCCAGGACUGAGAUUCAGGAGGAUCUCCAGAAACUGGCGCCUGGGUUUCCGCGUGUGGCCCCUCAGCCGCCCUUCCCUCCGCUGGUUCCCACCAUGGCGCAGAUGCAUCUGAUGCCCACCCCGAACCUGCAGCCCACGCAGCAGCUGGAGUACAAGGAACAGUCUCUCCUGCAGCCUCCCACCCUGCAGCUGCUGAACGGCAUGGGUCCUCUGGGCCGCCGGGCGUCUGACGGCGGAGCCAACAUUCAGCUUCACGCGCAGCAGCUGUUGAAGAGGCCGCGCGGUCAGUCGCCGCUGGUCACCAGCCCGCAUCCGAUCCUGGACGUGGCUCCGGUGGAUGAGGAGGGGUCCGACGCCGAACCGGAUCCAGAGGCGGUUCAGAGGUAUUUGGCGAACAGUUCCAAGCGGCACACGACACACGGCACGGGUCCCGGUCACGCGGUCAGCGAGCUCUCGGCAGACACGCAGAGAGCCCGGCAGAGGGGCUGGAGCCCCGAACAGCACUGCCGGUCGUCGUAUAAGGACUGUAACACUCUUCACCUGCCGAUGGAGCGCUUCUCUCCCGUCAGACGCUUCUCUGAUGGAGCCGCCACCAUCCAAGCGUUCAAGACCCAGCUGGAGAACAACAGCCUGAUCCGACAGCUCAAACAGGAGUGCGAGCAGCUUCAGAAGAUGUACGCGGCUCCGCAGGACGAGCGGCUGAUGGAGCACACGCAGCAACAGCACGUCCUCUACCAGCAAGAACAGCAGAUCCUACACCAGCAAAUACAGGCCCUGUCUUUGGGACAUGGAGAAAACCAGCCCAGCAGUCACCUUACAUACCAGCUACAGAGGUUGCGUAUUCAGCCCUCCAGUCCUCCUCCUACGCAUCCCAACAACCACCUCUUCAGGCCAGCCAAUCAGAGUCCUCCUCCGGGGAGUCAGGGGAUGAUGCAGGCGCACGGCGGGCCGUCUGCGGUUCAGUUUCAGCAUGGCUCCGCCCUCUACCAGUCUCCCAGCGCCAGCCCUCCCCCCACCAGCCUCCCCCGCAUGGCGCUGCCCAAUCAGCAGCCUCCGCCAGGCUCCGCCCGAACACUGGCGCAGACCCUCCCGCAGCAGCAGCAGGUGACCAUUCAGGUGCAGGAGGUGGAGCUCGGGCAGCGGCAGGCUUUCCUGGCGACGCCGUCUCACAGAGUUCUGGGGAAGCAGCUGAGCGCCGAUAACGCGGAGACUCACAGUCGCAGUUUGAGUCGCUUCCACACUUCCACGUACGAGCAGUUUAACCCGCACAUGUUCGGCGAGGCCGGUGUGAGCGGCGUCAUCGGCACCUACAACCCCUACCUGCAGGGGGCGUCCCUGAAGGUGCCGGGGCUGGAGGGCUAUCAGGGCGCGGCGGCGGUGGGUUACGGCAGUCCGUCUGCGCUGCAGCAGGCUCUGCUCUCGCCCACGCCGCUCGAGUACCGGCAGGCCCAGCAGCACGUCACGCCCACCCUGCAGGGCCUCCUCUCGCCGCGGCACUCGCUCACGGGACACGCCGACCCACGCCUGCCUCCGCAAGACCUCGCCGCGCUGCUCAAACGCCAGAGUACCCGCCCGGCCCCGCCCUCCGCCGCCUCGGCCACGCCCGCAAACCCACAGGACUACGGAGAGAUGCUGCUGCUGCAGCAACUGGGCCAAGCUGCCGAGAGCUUAGAGCCCGCCCCUCCGCAAGCCCCGCCCACGCAGCACUAUCAUCACCUGCUCCAAAUCAGGACCCCGCCCGAGUGCCCCGCCCCACCCCUCCCUCACUCGGAAAGCAUGGAGGAGGACGAGAUGCCGGCCUAUCACGAGGGCCUGCUGGCCAAAGCCGCCGCCUCCUGCGCCGAGACGCACGAGCUGCUGGCUCCGCCCCACGGCAGCACGCCCCCAUACUCCUCCCCCACGCAUAGACACGCCUACAUGCGCGGCACCACGGCAACCAGAGAGGCGUGUGCUGAUGCCGCGGACUGUCGGGUGAUGGAGGGAGAUCAUAACGGUUACGGCUCACGCGCCGCGCAGGGAGACGCCUACAGACCGCGAGGAUCAUUACAGCGACAUCACACCAUCCAGACCUGCGACGAUGCUUACGAGCAGGCGGAGCCCAUGUCUGGAAUGAGCUUAUUGGCUGGGAAGGCGCUAAGCUCCGCCCGCAUGUCGGACAUUCUCAGCCAAUCGUCUCUGACAGGAAGCCAGCAGCUGCAGCAGAGGGAGGCGUCAGCGUGUGACGUGGAGGCAGACGUUCACCCCGCCGCGUGUUACCCGUCCUCCUGCACCAGUGACAUGCUGCUAAGCUACAAAACCCCAGAUCUGCAGUACAGCGUGGAACAGGCCGGGGUCUAAUGAACACAGGGGUGUAUUUGCUGUAUAAAGCUCAUAUCCGUCUGCUGUGUUGUGCUGUCAUGCCAAAUCCUCAUCGUCUGUCUGUCGGGGUGUCGUGGGUGUGGCCUGCACGCAGUGGGCGGAGCUCUCGGCUUCCUCUUCCGCGCCGCCGGGAGCGUCUCUGAUUGGCUGGGGCGAGUGCCGCCCGUCUGCUGCAGCCCAAUAAUCAUCCGCCCCUCCCGCACCCGAAACCCCUCCUACCGUUGCCAUAGCAGCGCUCUCGCGCACUCCGAUGUGCAAGGCAAACACAGAGUCUUACGUAAACGCGCGUGCGCGCGCGCGCACACACACACAAACACACACACACACACACACGAAGAGACGUCAUUACCAAACGCCACAAACCCAAAGUAUUUCACGUGAAGCCUGCGCUGCGGUGGGCGUCGCGUCCCGUCCGCUGCGCCGCGGCGGAUCAUUCCGGUCGGGCCGUGACGUCACGAUCGACCCCUUCCGCCGGGACGGCCGACUCUCACUCGCUCUCGACUUUCUUCACUUCUGUUUUUUAUUUUUAACGCAUUUUUAUGGCUAAUGUUCUGUAGGAAUUAUGAUCAUUAUUGUUCUUGUUUUCUGUAAAAGACGUUUUAUGGUUAUGACAUUAUUAAAAGAAUGACGAUUAUUAUUAAAAGCGUUCUAUGUUGCAAGAGAACAGCUGCGUUUGUUUCCUCACAGUGAUUUUUGCACUUUCGGUUUUUGUGACUUUCGUUUCUGUUUUGCUCCUCUUCCUCCCCGUUUCUCGUUCUCCUCCUUCAUUCCGUCCGUCCGUCCGUCCGUCCGUCCGAGGACCGGUGCGCCGCGGGGAGUUCGACGGAUCCCGUGCUGCUCGCAGACGCUCUUCACUUCUGUUUCGGAGCUUUAUCGGUUCUUUUUUGUGGAUGUUGUUGGAAAAGCUUUUGUAUAUUGUUGAUUUUGCCGUUUCAUUUCUGUUCUGAAGUCACGUCGAUGUUUUUAGCCAAACGCACAGGCGGGCGGACGGACGGACGGACGGGCGCUUCGUUUCACGUCUCUCUCGGAGUUUAGCGGCCAGACGCCACUCCGUUUCAUCCAGCGCUGUGAUUGGACGAUUUCUGCCGCCGUUUCGUCUUCGGUCCGACCAAUCCAAUAACUGUCAUGUGAUCGUCUGAGGAGAGACGGGCGCGUGCGAGUCUGUGAUGAAGAGAACCGCCAUCAUCAUCAUCAUCAUCCUCCGUCUGUCCAUCAUGUCACGCUCCUCCCUCUUUUCCUUUAUAGAGCUUUGUCCUUUUCCUCUGUUCCUUUUGUUUGUUUUUUUUUGGCUUUAUGUUUUUUGGAAAAAAUACUAAAGUGCAACAAUGGUUAAAAAAAAAAGAUUCCAAACAAACUGAGAGAAAUAAUAAAUAUAUAUAAAUAAAGAAAUGAAUAUGA